AUUGCUCACAAGCCACAAGCUCUCGUCGCCUCUAUACCAACAGGAGUCAGACAGCACUGACGCGGCCAAAUCAAUCAUCCUUUUCUGUCUUUCAUCGAACCUUACCUCACAUUCCAUAGAAAAAUGGCAGAUCAACUCACUGAAGAGCAAAUCGCAGAAUUCAAGGAGGCUUUCUCCCUUUUUGACAAGGAUGGUGAUGGCACCAUCACAACCAAGGAGUUGGGUACUGUGAUGAGAUCACUUGGUCAGAACCCUACUGAGGCUGAGCUUCAAGACAUGAUCAAUGAAGUGGAUGCUGAUGGGAACGGAACCAUCGAUUUUCCCGAAUUCUUGACGAUGAUGGCUAAGAAGAUGAAGGACACAGACAGCGAAGAAGAGAUCAGAGAAGCUUUCAGAGUCUUCGACAAGGAUGGCAACGGUUUCAUCAGUGCUGCUGAGUUGCGCCACGUGAUGACGAAUCUUGGAGAAAAGCUGACAGACGAUGAGGUAGAUGAAAUGAUCAGGGAAGCAGAUAUUGACGGUGAUGGUCAGGUCAACUAUGAAGAAUUCGUGUCUAUGAUGACCAGCAAGUAAAGUACCCGAUAAUGGAGGCGAAGAAGAGGACAAUCUCCCCUUGACUACAACACCCAUAUUGACCGUGCAGACAACAUUACGCAUCCGUUGGAAAAUUACAACUCGGACAACUUUACCAACAGGGUUACUCCCGUAGGACAAAUACCCAUUUGAA